AUGGCUCUCUUAACCAAGCAGAAUGAAGAAAAACUUGCUCUUGCAGCCUCUAUGAUAAACAGUUUCAAUGCCUUCUUGGCAAGAGAACUCAUUCCUUCAACAGAAAUGACGCCAGAAAUGAAUCAAGUCGUGGAAGAGGAUUUAGAUGAGCUGGAUGUGGCUUGGAACAUGGCUAUGUCAGCCUUUAAAGCUGAUAAGUUUGCAAAAAGAUAUGGACGUCGUCCUAUGUCUGCUAGUCCAGGUUUUCUGAAAAACAGGUUGAGGUGCUACAGGUGCUAUGAGCCAGAGCAUUUUGCUAGGGAUUGCAAGAAGGUUCUUACAGGGUAUAAAGCUACUCAGGCAGCUGCAGCAAGGAAUAAAGAAAGGUCUAUGGUUCCGGUUACGCCUGCUGAAACUGCUACCUCAAGUGGACAGGGAAAUUCUGGAGCUGGAAGAGCUUUAAUUGCUCAAGAGCAGAAUGGUUUCAACUGGGCUGAUGCUGUUGCUCAAGUGGAAUCUAUGAAGUUGUCUGAAUCUGCUGCUGUGGACAAGGUUCAUCAGUGUUUGAUGGCCAUGACUGAGGAACCAAAGUCACUCGCUGAGACGGUAAACUCCCUUUUAUGUACUGAACAUUGUAGGAAGAAAGUUGCUUUGCUAAGAUCUCAAAAUUCAGCAUUAAUUACAGAUAAUAAUACUGUGAUGGGAAAGUACAUCAGUCUUCGAGAGAAUAAUAAAAUUCUCUAUGAAAAGAUUGAAGCACUUAAAAAGGACAUAGCUCAACUUCACAGAGACGUGAACCGGCAGCAAUGUUGGGUUCAUGACUAUAAACAUAGACUCAUAGUCAAAACUCUUGAAUGUGACUCUGUGAAGGGUGAGCUAGAGCUCCUCACUGGAAAGUACAAACAGAACGAGUUAAACAUCAAGAAGUUUGAUACUUCCAGUGCCACAGUUCAAAAUCUAUGUAAUGUGCAACUUGCCUAUCAAGAAAACAAGGGAAAGGGUUUGGGGUAUAAAAAGGUCCCGCCACCAUAUAAUCAUAAUUAUUCCAGAUUGCCAGUCACUGAGCAGGAAAUGGAAAAUUAUGAUACUAUGAUGUAUGGCAAACCUAGUGAUUAUGUUGAUUAUGAUCCAUCUAAGUCUAAAAGGAGUCCAUAUGCUGAUUUCAAGAAACCAAUGAGUUUUGUUAAAGAUGAAAAUGUUCAAAAUGAAUCAGCAGAUAAUGAGUCCGAUCAGAAAAAUGAAACCGUGAUAAAUGCAGAAACCGAAACUGAAACAAAAACGGAACCGGUUAACAAACUCGCAGAGGAGAUGAAGGAAAGUUCAUCAAAUUCUGAUUCUGUUGAAAAUACUAACUUUUCUAGUUUGUGUGCAGAGUCAGUAAGAAAUGAAGAAGAGUCUAAGGAGGAUGAUGAAUCACAUCGAAGUGCUGCUAAUAAUGUUGUUUCUGAUAAAAAUGGCAUUUAUGCUUGGAACUCUGUUUUUUCUUGGUUUGCUGAGACUUGGGGUGUUCCCACUAAGACUGAUAAAUUUGGUUCUAUUAUUUUAGAUUAUGCAUGUGAUAAGAAUGACUGUGUUGAAAAUGUUGUAAAUGUUGAGAAUGAUGUGGCAGGAGAGCCUGAUGCGUCGUCUGAGGAAUUCGAAACAUCUGUUUCAAAUAACUCAGAAAACCAUUCUGAUAAUUCGGAAUACCACACCUGUAUGUCUGAAACAUUGAAUGACACAUCAGACACUCCCUACAGCAAUGAUGAUUUUGACGUAACUAAUAGUGAUAAUGAAGAAUUUACUGUUGAACAGGGAUCAUCUGACGAUCUUGGCAAUCAAACAGAGGAUUCAGGGAUCCCAGAUAAUGAGCUCAAAUCUUUGAAUGUUUCCGAUUGUGAUGAUCAAUCAGAUUUUUGCAGCAUUACUAAAGAAGAAAGUCAAGUUGUCUUAGACACAGACUUCUCAUCGUCUGAGUUACCAGAAUCAUCCAAUGUCGAGAACUCAGAAGGUGACUUGACUGAAGAGGAGACAUCCAUAGAGUCCAAUUCUGCAGAAACUCAUGGAAACAUGGAAGCUAUGGAGAAGGAAUUCAUUGAAAUCAAUUCCACAGUUGAAUCAAAUGAUGAAACUAUAGAAGAAAUUGAUAUGGAAACCUUCUCUCAAGAUUCUCCUGAAGACAUGCUCUCUACAGAAAAGGAAGAUGUGAAAGUAACCCUUACAGACAACUCACCUAUUGAUCCCAAUAGUAACCUCAACAGAACAGAGUCAACUGAAUCUGUUCCCCCUAAAAGAAAGCGAUCGCGUAGAAACAGAAGGCCGAAAAGGAAGAAUCCAAAAAGGGAAACCUCAAAUCUCAAGCAAACUGAACCCAAGCUCAAGGGUGAAGUUGAGGAUACUUACUCUUGUGCUGACAGCUGUAAAGCGGGUUCCUCCAAGAACAAGCACACUCCAAAGCACUCAGUGUCAAAUGAACUGAAAAGACAUGAUCAGUUCUCGAGAAUAACGCAAGCCGAACUAGAUGUCUUUUUCUCAAAAAGACAUACAUGUUUUAACUGUGGAAUUCCGGGACACAUCACAAGAAAUUGUGUUCAUCGUCCCUAUUACUCUAGGAACAUGUACCAUCAGAAGGCCUGCACUCUAGUUUUAUCAAACAUCAACAUCCCAAGGCAAGGCCUUCUGACAGAGACUGGAAUCUUGCUAAGCAGGAAAAACAAAAGUUUUUAA